UCCUUUAUUUCUUUAUUUUUCCCUGCUGUGAAUCUACAUAUCAGGAUUAUAAGAAGCAGCAUACUGGACGCAAAGAUAGGGAAGGGUGGUGCUUCUCCACGCUCUGGAGGAAGAGACGUUAGACCACCCACUACCGGCGCAGGUGCCGCGGCCAACCGUGUGACUAAAUCCAGAUGGAUACCACCAAGCAGUAUAAAAAGAGAUGCCAAUCAUGGAGAAGAAAAAUAUGACCAGAUUUUCCGUAGAGUUAGAGGAAUCCUCAACAAACUGAGUCCUGAAAAAUUUGAUAAAUUGAGUCUUGAAUUAUUGAAUGUUGGCAUUGAUUCUCAAGUUGUUCUUAAAGGCAUUAUUUUAUUGAUUUUUGAAAAGGCUCUCGACGAGGUCAAAUAUAGCUCGUUGUAUGCCCAACUAUGCCAACGACUAUGUGACGAUGCACCAAACUUUGAACCUCCCGACUCUAACAUCACUACAUUCCGUCGUCUUUUAUUGAACAAGUGCCAAGAUGAAUUUGAAAACAGAUCUCGCGCAAGUGAAGCAUAUGACAAACGUGAUGGCCCCCUUACAGAUGAAGAAGCAGAACAAUAUCAUUUGGCAAAAUGGAAAAUGCUUGGCAACAUCAAGUUUAUUGGUGAACUGGGUAAACUCCAGAUGCUUCAUGAAGGAAUUCUACAUAAAUGCAUCAAACAGCUUUUGGAAAAGAAAAGGAAUACCGAUGUCCUGGACAUGGCAGAAGACCUUGAAUGUCUCUGUCAGAUAAUGCGUACUGUCGGCCCUCGUCUGGACACAAGCCGGGCGAAGGCAUGGAUGGAUCAAUACUUUGAGCGAAUAAAGUAUUUUGCUGGUAACAGUGAGCUACCGCCUAGAAUUCGCUUUAUGCUGCAAGAUGUGGUGGAGUUGAGAGCUAAAAAGUGGAAACCACGUCUUCAUGCAGCUUCUAUUGGCCCCAAAACAAUUACUGAAAUUCGUCAGCAUGCUGCUGCUGAACUUGGUGUGUUUAUUCCACCACAUCAGAAUAGAAUGUCUAAUAUGAUCGGUAAUCGGGCCAUGAACGGGGGUCUGGUACAAAAUAUGAAGGGGGGCAUGGGAGAUCUUUUUAGUGCACCAGCUAACUCCAUGAAUAAUAUGAUAGGAACCGGACCAGGGGUGAUUUCACUUGAAGCUAAUAAUUCUACAUAUAACAAUGGGAUGGGAAGAAACCGAAAUCAUCAGAAUCAAGGAUACCAAAAUAACUACCAGAAUCGUCGACAACAAGAUGGGGGAAGUCCAAGAGGUACAAGGCAGAAUAAUCAACAAAAUCAACAAGGUUCAACACCUUACCAACAGCAGAAUCAACAAAAGCAAGCAGCUGGAGCUAGUGGAAGUCGGGAUCUACCACCUCGAUUUCAACGUAUGGCUGUACAACAACCACCAACGACUGUUCCUACAGUGACAACAUCCAGUUCUACUAAUGGAAUGUCAACACCACCUCUUCCAACUAGGGAAGAAGUUAGCCUGAGACCUGUUAAGAACUUCAACUUCAAACCAAAUACACCUAAAGCAUUGCCUAAAUCAGCUCAGACUCCACCUAACAGCCAGGGCUGGUCACUUAGACCUAGUAAUCAGGAUCCUUCUACCCACGUUAAACCCAUUAUGACUAUUAAACAGGAGCCACUACCUAUUAAACAGAUAAUAGUUCAAGAUAAGAAUAAAACUAAUAAUAACAAGAAGGGUACAAUAAGUAAAGAAGAACUUCUUAAAAUUGCUAGUCAGAUAGGAACAGAGUAUUUGGCAAAGGAGAACACAUCUGAAGCCAUUGCUCUGAUAAAAGAGGCUAAUGUACCUCGUAAGAUGCUACCACUCAUUAUUUCAAGACUUAUGAUAGAUGUACUAGAAAAAGAAGACGAUGACCGUGAAUAUGUGAUGAAAUUUAUAACUGCUAUGAAAGAAGAAAAUAUGAUCAACUCAGAACAUUUUAUGGAGGGUUUUAAAUCUCUAAUGGAUCAACUACCAGAACUAGAGAAAGAAGUUCAACUCGUCAAAUCAUAUACAGCUAGAUUUGGUGCCAUGGCUGUUACAAAAGGUCUAGUUAGUUUAGCUGAGUUGGCUGAACCUCUAGAAAAUGGUGUACACUAUCCAUUAUUUAUGCUGUGUUUACAGCAGAUAUAUAAGAUAAAAGACAAGGAUUGGUUACUUGUUACAUUUACUAAUAGUAAAUUAGAUCUACAGACAAUGUUACCAGAAUUGGAUCAAAAGAGAGAAAGGUUGUUAGAAACACUAGAAGAUCGUGGAUUAAGUUUCCUGUUUCCACUGAUGAAAAUUCAAUCGGAACUAGGAAAACAGAUCCAACUUGAUCCUACAGCUAAUUCUCUAUUCAAAUGGAUUAAAGAUAGAGUUGAUAAUAACAUGCAGAAAGAUCCACGCUUUAUUAACAUUUUGACAACUAGCGUUGUAAAAUAUGUUGCUGAAGAAACAACACUGUCUGAUACAAUCGAUAAAACUCAAGUACCUGAUAAAAUGGUUAUUGAGAAAGAAAAGGAAUGUUUGGAUAAACUCAAACUGGUUCUACAGAUGUUUUUAAGGGAUCAUAUGGAUUUGAAUAUUGUGGCCUUGUAUGCUGUACAGGUCUUCUGUCAUCAAAAUGGUUUCCCUAAAGGAAUGUUGCUGCGAUUUUUCAUGAAUUUUUAUGAUAUGGAGAUUGUGGAAGAAGAGGCCUUUUUGAAAUGGAAAGAGGAGGUCAAUGACCAAUAUCCAGGCAAAGGGAAAGCUCUCUUCCAGGUAAACCAAUGGCUAACUUGGCUAGAACAAGCAGAAGAAGAAUCUGAAGAGGAGUCAGAGGACGAAUAAACAACACUACAAAUAAACACACCAGAUUGAUCAGAUGUUUUUGAUGGAAUUAUUUUAGUGAAUGCUUUAGAGGCAAAUAUUUCCGUGUAGAUUGGACUUAAUAUUAACCACUACAAGAGUUGGACUUUAAAAAUAAAAUAGUGAUGUUGUGACUUAUUGUGUUAUGUCUACAUGGAAUAAAUAUAUCAGAGAAAAAAAAACUGUUUAAAAAAAAUAAAGCACCAAAUAACUGAUGCUCUGAAAUAACGAUAUUGUGGGUAACGGUGUGUGUGGUUUCGUAUUUUCAAUAUUUUUUCGUCGUUGUCCUGAACUUAAACCAAAUUAUCUAGAUAUGUUUGCAUGUGAUGGAUCUCUACUACUAGCCUUUCCUGUUACUAAAAGUACAGCUACUUAUUCAUGCAUGGAAUUGUUUUAUAUGUUCAUAUGUUUACUUUUCCAGCAGUGACUUAUUAUUUAUAAUGAAUUUUUACCCUACCCUAACAAAUAAAAUGAAGACUAGUCAUAUUAAUGGCGGUUAAAAUUUUUGAUUGUACAUGUAUAUUGUCUUCAUUUUAAUAAAUAUUCCCAACAUUUAGAUUUGUCAUUUUUUACAUUAAAUAUGUAGAUUAUAUAUAUAUAUAUAGCAUUCAAAAUAUACUCAUAAAAAAAACCCUAAUUUAAUUUUAUAAAUGGAUUAAUUAAUGAUCAGAAAUUUCAUCUCUGCCGGUCAGAUUUAUUCCAAAUCCAUAUUGUUUGUCCUGUACAUAACAUGUUUUUAAGACAUAUAUUAUUAGUAUUUAUAUCAUUAGUUUUGUACCAUUUAAACUUUAUUAUUACCGUUUUGCUGUUACCAAAUCAAAACUAAAUAUUUUAUUUAAAUUCAAAUUGGCACUAACUAAAUGAUUAACUCUUUUCUAAAUGGUCAAAUAAUGUAAAUUCCAAAUUUUGCUUUGUUUUUCUGUACAUAUUGUGGUGUAAAUUAUGGUUUUUGGACGAUUUUUAAUUGGUGAUGGCCACUGAUAUUUUAUUAUUGACAAUUCCCUAUUGUUUAAUUUUAUCUGUAUAAUCACCAUUUCUCAUUAUUUAUCAUAUAUAUAUGUUAGAUUUAAAUAAAAAUGUAAUGUGUAAAUAA